UGGAUUGAAAUUUGUAAAAAGAGACAUCGUACUUUGUGUACAUCUCGGCGGAACGAUAUACCCAGCCUCAAGGUCAUAGAUUGCAGCUCCACCCGUUCACAACUCGCUAUUGUGCCUGCUCCACCAAACGAAGCUUACCUAGCUCUGAGCUACGUCUGGGGCGAAUCUCGAAAGCGAAAGAGAGACGAUGGCAGAGGCCGAGUGUCAAAAAGCCCAUCCAACCAAAAUUAUCAGACUGUUGUCAGAGAUGCAGAAGUGGUUGUACUGCAAUUAGGUUACCGUUAUCUCUGGGUUGAGAAGUUCUGCAUUGAUCAAGAAAAUGAAAGUGAGAAAGAGCUUUUCGUUAACAGCAUGGACAAAAUUUAUAGCGGAGCCGAACUUAACAUUGUAGCUGCUGCUGGCAUCGAUGGCAAUUUCGGAUUGCCUGGCGUCGUAUCGAGACAACGCAAGAUGCACCCAACUGUUCAGCUGAGGAACGCGCAACUGGUCAGCUGCCUGGAGCAUCCACGCAGUUCUAUCAUGGCCUCUAAGUGGGCCACAAGAGCGUGGACGCACCAAGAGGCUUUGCUUUCGCAAAGGCUUCUGUUUUUCACGGAGUUUGAGACAUACUACGAAUACCAUUCGAUGCAAUGCCAUGAG